AUGUUCCAACGGCCCGACAGCAGCGGCCUCGGUCGACGUCGGCUGAGGAAGAUGGAUAGCCAGGGACAGCCGAUUCCGGAGGCGGAGGAGGAGACCGAUCGGAUCACCCGCAUGGGGAGGAUUUAUUACAAGAUUCUGAACUUUAGCAUCGUCACGAGGUACUUCAUUUAUGUGCUGCCGCUGGCGUUGGCGAUUGCGAUCCCCAUCAUCGUGGGGGCCACGGCGGCGAAGAAGGCGAAGUUGGGUGGGGUGAGGAUCGUGUGGUUUUUUACGUGGAUAGAGAUCGUAUGGCUCAGUGUCUGGGUGGCCAAGAUCGUGGCACAUUUCCUCCCAAUAGUCUUCCAGGCUCUCGCCGGCGUCGUGAGCUCAGGGACACGAAAGUACGCAUUGAUCCUCAAGAAGCUCGAGAUUCCCAUUUCCUUAGUCGGAUGGGCAGUCACCUCUCUCGCCACGUUUAUUCCACUCAUGACCCGAAACCCGGAUGGCCGUGAAAAAGGCGCCGAAGUCAAACCGUGGAUGUCCAUCGUGCAAAAAAUUCUGGCGGCUGCACUGGUGUCCGCGAUUAUCCUCCUCCUGGAACGCGUUAUCAUCCAGCUCAUCAGCAUCAAUUAUCAUAAGCGACAGUUCGAGCAACGGGUCAAGGGUUCCAAGCGGAAUGUAUACUUGCUGUCGAUUCUCUACGAUGCGUCCCGAACGCUCUUCCCUGCCUACUGUAACGAGUUCGCGGAUGAAGAUUACACCAUUUCCGAUACCGUGGGGAUGCUCGCUGGUCCGAAGGCCCACGGGAGGCGCCAGGGGCGCGCGACGCCAAUGCGACUGGUCAGGGAUGUUGGAAGGGUUGGCGAUAAGUUGACGUCCGCAUUUGGCAAUAUUGCUUCGGAGAUCACUGGAAAGCAGGUCUUCAAUCCCAACUCCGCCCAUUCCAUCGUAGUCCUUGCUCUCGAAAAGAAAACUUCAUCGGAAGCUCUCGCUCGCCGGUUGUGGAUGUCCUUCGUCGUUGAAGGCCGUAACGCUCUUUUCGAGGAGGAUAUAGUCGAGGUCUUGGGACCCACCCGCACGGAAGAAGCUGCCGAAUGCUUCAAUGCCAUCGACCAGGACGGCAACGGCGAUAUCAGCCUGGAAGAGAUGAUCAUGACCGUUACUCAAUUCGGACGCGAGCGAAAGUCCAUCGCCAGCAGCAUGCAUGACGUCGACCAAGCGAUCAACGUCCUCGACGGCCUCCUGUGCGCCGUCGUUUUCGUCAUCUGCAUCUUCAUUUUCGUCGCGUUCCUCAACGCAUCGUUCACGACGACCCUCGCCACCGCUGGUACCGCGCUUCUGUCGAUGUCCUUCGUCUUCGCCACCACCUGCCAAGAGGUGCUCGGAUCCUGCAUCUUCCUCUUCGUCAAGCACCCCUACGACAUCGGCGACCGGGUCGACAUCUCCAAGGAAUUCCUCAUCGUGGAGCGCAUCUCCCUCCUCUACACCGAGUUCAAAUCCGUCACCACCAGCAAAUGCGUGCAGAUCCCCAACAUCGUCCUCAACUCCCUCUGGGUCGAGAACAUCACCCGCUCUAAAGCUAUGCGCGAGCCUAUUUCCAUCUCCGUCUCCUUCGACACCUCCUUCGAGGACCUCGCCCUCCUCAAAUCCGAACUCACCGCCUUCGUCACCCACAAAGACAACUGCCGCGACUUCCAACCCGACCUCGACGUCGAGCUGCUCUCUGUCGGCGACAUGUCCAAGCUCGAACUCCGCGUCGACAUGCGCACCAAGUCCAACUGGUCCAACGAGACCCUCCGCACCGCCCGCCGCAGCAAGUUCAUGUCCGCCCUCGUCCUCGCCCUUCGCAAGGUCCCCAUCUACGGCCCCGGUGGCGGCGGCCUCUCCCUCGGCGACGCCGGCAACCCCAGCUACUCUGUCGCCAUUACUCCGGACACCGCUGAACAGAACAAGAAAACCGCCGCCGACACCAUGGACGCGAAGCGCAUGGUGCCCGCCAACCCCAAGCCAGACGACUCCACAUCCCCCGGCUCCAACACGGCAUUCGCCUCCAGCCCCGGCUCCAACGACCCCCCACCUCAAGGCCACUCCACCGGCAUUGCCCCCCACGCCGAGCUCUCUGCCAUGAACACCCUCACAUCCCGUCCCGUCGGUUACGACCGCGCGCGCGACGACGCCUUCCGCCAGCGCCGCUCGGAGGACAACAUCUCCGCGCUGUCCGGCCCUGGGCUCGGCGAGCGGCCGAGCUACGACGUGCGGGAGAUGGACGAAGUACGCGGAUUACUACGAGAGCAGAGCGGCGGGAAGCGGAAGGCCGGCGGCGGACCGGCGUCGACUCCGUAUAGCGAAUCAUCCGCCCCACCAGCCACCUAUCCCGCCACCGGGCAGUCGAGCACGCAGGGCGCGGGAUACCCGCCGCAGGUAUCCCUGAAUCAGAGCACCGGCUACGGGCAGGGGCUCAGCAUGACCCCCUCCACGGAGCACAGCGUGUACCCGGUCCCGUACCAGCCGCCCAGUGGCGCGUCAUAUCAGCAAUACGGCGCACAGCCGAGCAUGCCGCCGCCGCAGGGACCGCCGCCGGUGUCGCCGGUGUCGCCGCCGACGCCGACGCGGAAUGCGUUUGCGCAGCAGCAUAUGCAACAGGGAGGGUAUGCGCAGGGGCAGGGACAACAGCAGCAGCAACAGCAGCAGGGACGAAUUCCAAGAAGGGGGGUGGAUAGGGAGGAGUAA